AUGGAUUUGACUGUCGAUAUCCGGCCUGAUGUCAAGUGCGGAUAUGUGAGUGCGUCAAGAAACGCCGAGCCGGAAUGCCAUGGGCGCUGCACUAAGGCUAUCCCGAUCCACCCUAUCUUUCAAGAUCUAGACACUGACGCCGAAAAGGUGCAUGGCCGUCCAGCGUAUACUCUCGUCAGCAUCCUCAUCAUAGUCAGGCAAGUAUCACCAGGGGCGACACCCUAG